UGGAUUCGCUUUCUUCACCCGACUCGCUGCACAGAUGCCACUUACUGAGCAGCCUGAACAAGAGCGGACACACAGCGGCAGCUUUGUGCGAUCGUUAGGAACAAACAUGGCAUAUCGAGGGAGCGUCCAACCUUUUGUCAACUUUGACGCCAAGCAUGACGCCGAGAUUCUCCACCGAGCCAUGAAAGGACUAGGGACGGAUGAAGAUGUAGUCCUCAUGCUGCUGGCGGCGCGUAGCAACGAUCAGAGGCAGCAAAUAUAUGAGGCGUACAAAACCGCCUACGGAAAGGAUUUGGUCAACGCUCUCAAGUCGGAGCUCGGGGGUCUGUUUGAGAGUCUCGUCGUGGCCCUGAUGACCCCCCCUGUCUUGUACGACGCCAUGCUGCUGCACAAGGCCAUCAAGGGCAUCGGGACUGAUGACGACGUGUUGAUUGAGAUCUUGGCCUCCAGGAACAGUCAACGCCUUCGAGAUAUCGUUACGGUCUACGAGAAAGAGUUUGGCAGCAAGCUGGAGAAGGACAUCUGCAGUGACACGUCAGGAUACUACCAGAGACUACUGGUCAUCCUUCUGCAGGGAAGGCGAGAGGAGGGAGUCAAAGAACCAAACAUCAGCAAAGAUGCAAAGGACUUGUAUGCAGCGGGCGAGGGCAAGUUUGGCACAGAUGAGGAGAAAUUCAUCAACAUUCUUGGAAAUAGAAGCCUAGAACAUCUCUGUAAAGUGUUUGACGCCUACAAGAAACUGUGCGGUUCAGACAUCGAGAACAGCAUUGAAGGCGAGACCACGGGAAAUUUGGAGAACUUGCUGCUGGCUGUCGUGAAAUGCACCCGCAGCAUUCCCUCUUUUUUUGCUGAGUUGCUGUACAGAUCAAUGAGGCGUGCCGGGACGGAUGACGACACCCUGAUGAGAGUCCUGGUGUCCAGGAGCGAGGAAGACAUGUUAGACAUCGUAGCCUGUUUCAAGGAAAAGUAUAGAGCCUCGCUCUACAACACUAUUCAGGAGGACACAACAGGCGCCUACCGGAAGUGUUUGCUGUACCUUUGUGGCUCCAGAGACUGAGCCGAGCUGGCUACCUGACCACAAAAACAAAAUCAUCAACAAAACACAAAGAAAACACUCCUGAUUACUUCCCCACACACAUUCACUAAAUUGGCUAUUGUCUGACUUAGAGGGAGAAAAAGUUAAUAAAAGUUUGUUGUGUGCGCUAUUGUUUGAU